UUGCCGCGACAGGGCGGAAGUGUUUGUGCAGAGCUGGAGAGAGAGAUGCUCUGCUGAGAGGAGAGACGGAGGAACCGGGACCGACCGAGACCAGCUGCAGAGACCAGGUGAAACCAGACCGGAGAAACAGGAUGAUGCGAUCGUUGUGGGCGUGUCUCGUUCUCUGUGCUGUCGUCGGCAGCAGUAAGCCGACGGAGAAGAAGAGUCGAGUUCACGAUGAGGAACCUCUGAGCCGCAUCGAUCACAACGACAACAAGAACUUCGACUACGACCACGAAGCGUUUCUGGGACAAGACGAGGCCAAAACCUUCGAUCAGCUGCCGCAGGAGGAGAGCAAGCGGCGGCUCGGCAUCAUGGUGGAUCAAAUCGACAGUAACAGAGACGGCUUCGUGUCUGAAGACGAGCUGAAGCUUUGGAUUAAAAACGCUCAGAAGAAACACGUCUACGAGAGCGUGGAGCGUCAGUGGAAGGACUUCGACUUGAACGACGAUGGCGUGAUCAGCUGGGACGAGUACAAGAACGUGACGUACGGAACCUACCUGGACGACCCCGAGGUCGACUCCGAGUACAACUACAUCGCCAUGAUGGCGAGGGACGAGAGACGAUUCAAGGUCGCCGACACCAACGGAGAUCUGAUCGCAGACAAACACGAGUUUACGGCGUUCCUCCAUCCUGAAGACCACGAGCACAUGAAGGAUGUUGUGGUGCAGGAAACAAUCGAGGACAUCGACAAGGACGGGGACGGUUUCAUCGACAUGAAGGAGUACAUCGGGGACAUGUACACAGCAGAGGAGGAGUCGGAGGAUCCGGAGUGGGUGGAGUCAGAGCGUCAGCAGUUUAUGGAGUUCAGAGACAAAAACAAAGACGGGAAAAUGGACAAAGAGGAAACUCUGGACUGGAUCCUCCCGUCAGAUUAUGACCACGCUGAAGCCGAGGCCAAACACCUGCUGCACGAGUCAGACGCCAACAAGGACGGGAAACUCAGCAAACAGGAAAUCCUGAAUAAAUUCGACGUGUUUGUCGGGAGUCAGGUGACGGACUUCGGCGAGGCGUUGCUACGACACGACGAGUUCUAGAGACGCAGAAGAAAAUCUGUUUUUUGUUUUUUUUCCUUUUUUAAAGUUAUUUAUUCAGACACACUUAUCUUGAAUUUAACACAUUUGGAGUUUUGUUAUUUACUCAGAUUUACUCUGAAGUUUUUUUUUUAACCCUUUGACUUCCACACUAAGAAAUCCAUUCGCAAAAGAUUGUUUGUUGGUAAAGUUGUGUUCCUGCCUCUUCAUUAAGCAACAUUUCAGGUUAUAUUUUUCAGAUUACCCAAUCAGGAAGCAGAUAUGCAGGUCAACCAGCUGGUUGCCUGUUUAGGGUUACUUUGGAUAUGAAUGGAUUUCUUUCAUUUCUGCAACAAAAUGUUUAGUUUUUUCAAAUUUAACAUCACAGAGAGUAGAACUUGUUAAAAUAAAAUAUAAUUAAUUUAACAAAUUGAAUGAGUAGCAAUGGUUAGAAAAGGUGAACAAAAUAAGACAUGAGUGAUGUGAGCCAGGCCGUUUGUGCAGACCAUGUUUUGUGAGGAAUCAUAGAUAUAUAUUUUAUUGUCAAAUUUAUUUCCUUCAACUAAAAUAUGAUUGUUAGAGUAUCUAUAAAUGAUACGUGACCCGGACGUUUGCUCUUAUUCUGUGAGAUUUCUGAGGAGCUGAAUCACUCCCGGUAUUUUCCACAGUUUUAAGACAAUGAUAAUUAUGUACAGCAGCGCCACCCAUUGGACAUAAUCUGUGUUACAUACACUAUUCAAUGAGGUGAACGAGGAUAAACAGCCAAAGAUAGGUUUUCAGAGUUUUAAAUACAGCAAUAUGGUGGCGGAAAAAAGGUCAACCACGUGGUUACAAUGCAAGUCAAAGGGUUAAUCGAGUUUCAUCUUUACAUUUCAGUUAUUUGGACUUUGAUAUUUGCUGUGUUUUGUAAACGCUACGUCGAUGAUUUCACUUUACCUCUUUGUACCUCUCAGUUUUUAGCAGUGAGCCUUCAGUGUUCAUUUGUGUUUAUAACGCCACCUGUGGUUUCACUAAACUUCAUGAGACUUUGUUUUAAAUAUCUGAAAGUUCUGUAAAAUAUUUUGAUAUCAAAGUAUAAAUAAUGACACUAAAGCCUGGUGUACGCUGUACGGUGGUAGGAAAGUCUCUCACUGUACGACCCGAUUGUGGGACCUGAGAGCUCGCACUGUGUGAGUAAAGUCGAGACGGAGCAGUCACAAUUUUAGAAAAAAAAAAACUCCCCCAGUCAGAGGUUGAUUUCAGUUGCCUUGGCUACACACACCAGCAAAAAAAAAAAACGUGUGCUUGUUAGUGCAUUAGCAAUAAACACAAGCUAACUAGCCGCUAAAUCAUCAUACUUCCUGUCAACUGGAGGUCCGCAGAUAUUUGUGCCUUCUGUUGCCAUGAUGAUUUCAGGCGCUGUCUGCAAAGUUAGAGGAGGGGGGAAAAUCCGAGUCUAGGAAUCCGCUCGUGGCUCUGCUCAGAAAGUGCGAUUGUGAGCAGGCGUAUUUUCAAAAUAUCAAACAUGUAGGAAAUUCACUGAUCAGGAGAGCUGUGCGAGUGGUGAUCGGCGUCGUGCCUCAGUGUACACUACACGACUGACGGCGGGCGAUUGAGCUGAAAUCCGUACAGUGUACGCCGGGCUUGACCUUUCUGUUGUUAAAUAAAAAAAUACAGUUAUAAUUC